GAGGCACCACAACAGCCAGUAGCUACGAGGGAGGAUUCACUACCAGCCACAAUGUUGAGGGUCCCACUGUUGGUUCUCUGCCUCGCUUUCAGCGUGGGUGCAGACUAUUACGGCUAUGGCUGGGGUCGCGGUAAUGGCGGCGGAAAGGGUGGAAACGGCGGAAACGGUGGAAAUGGUGGAAACGGUGGAGGAGGUGGUGGAUCCGGCAGCGCCAGGGCCUCAGCUUCUGCCUCUGCUAGUGCUCGGGCAAACAGUUAUAAUAACCUCGUAGGACGGCUCUCAUCUCUAGUGGAUGCCAGCGCCAGUGCAAGUGCCAGCGCCAAUGCUAAUGCAGGAGGCUUUGGGAAUGGAGGCUCUGGAGGAAAUGGUGGAUUUGGAGGUGCCAGUGCCAGCGCUCAGGCCCAAGCACUUGCGACAGCCACUGCCGAACUACAAUCGGCUCAGGAUGCUUACGAUCAAGCCAGCGCUUAUGCCGAGGCCACGGCUCAGGCCUCUGCAAAUGGAGGAAGCGUUGAUGGAUCUGCUCUUGCUAGUGCCACUGCUAGUGCUGCGGCUUCUGUUAAUGCUCGUGGAUCUUCCAUCAUUGCCAGGGCACGUGCACGCGCCGAGGCCGUGGUUCGAUCAGCUCGGAGGGCUUUCGCCAGUGCUCAAGCUAGUGCUGAGGCUUCUGUUUCAGCAGUGCGUUCAGCUGAGGGCAGAUCAAGAUCUUACGCUAGAGCUGUUGCAAGAGCACGUGCUGCUGCAAGAGCCUCCAUUGCUGGAGUUAGGUCAAGUGGAAGUGCUUUCGCUUCUGCCACCGCCAGGGCAAGGGCUUCAGUUUCAGCUGCCGGAAGAGCAGUUGCCAGAGCUCGCGCACAGGCUGUCGCCAGUGCUCGUGCCAGGGUCAGUGCAUCAGCGUCUGCAUCAGCUAGAGCUAGUGCUUCUGCCGCUGCUGAGGCCCGUGCUUCCGCCUACGCUCGUGUCCAGGUUGCUGCUGCAGCUGCUGCCAGAGCUGCUGCCUCUGCCGCCGCAAGCGCGAGUGCCUCCGCCGGAGCAAGUGCAAGUGGUUCCGGUUUCGGCUCUGGUGGUAGUGAUGGUGGAUUUGGUAGUUUUGGGGCCUCAGCCAAUGCUGCUGCCAGUGCUUUCGCCCAAGCUUUCGGAAGUUCAAGCGGCGGUGGUGGAAACGGUGGAAACGGUGGAGGAAACGGUGGAAACGGUGGAGGAAACGGUGGAAACGGUGGAAAUGGCGGAAACGGUGGAAAUGGAAAAGGAGGAAACGGAGGAGGAUACUACUACGGUUCCAGUGAUUACUAUUACUAACUUUCAUUUGUGCGUCAUCUGUCCUCACUUUACUCAAAUAAAUUCUUGAAUUUGUA